CGUUCAAUGUGUCACUUCCAUGUCUUGUUUGCUUCCAUCCGCCGAAUCGAGCUCCAGCGAAUGCCUCGUUCAUUCAGAGACCCCAAGCACGGAACCACCUUAUGAUUCACCCCUUUCUUCUCCUUAUGUCGAAGCCUACUUCAACUCAACUCCACGCUUUCCUUCUUCACCUAAUACAAACGCACCAUCCUGCCAGUCCUUAUUAUACAACCCAUGCAAACCAGAAACAAUGGCCUACAACGACUGGCUAUACUUCUACUCGCAGUUCUUCUGCCCCGACUGCGGCGGCUUCCACCCCCCCGACGACGGCGGCUACGGAGGCUACCCCGGCCAACAAGGAGUCUACCCCGGACAGCAAGGCGGUUACCCCGGUCCACAAGGAGGCUAUCCCGGGCCCCGAGGCGGCCACCCCCCAGGCGGAGGAGGCUACCCCCCCAAAGCAACACCGCCAGCCUCCACCCCGGCCGUGGCGGCCCCCCCAUCUACGGCCCCUCCACCGAAACCGCCGACGGCAACACCCCCGUCACCACCGGCCUGGGCAGCCUCUCCUCCCCCCUCCCCCCCUCCCCCCCCCGGCCCCGGCCUCCUCCCCCCCCUCGACCCAUCACAGACUUUCCUCAAUAGCUCCCUGCACGGCCACCUCCCCGGUUCACGCAAGCAUCCCGCGCAAGAGGGAUAUCCGAAGCGGUUGUAUACGACGCCGCCGGAUGUGAGUACCAUGACGCCCGAACAACAAUCCGCGCGCGCCUUCGUCCUCACCGCCCUCGAAAUGCUGAACUGGCGCUCCUUCGCGGAAGACAUGCAAUUCGUCCUCACCACCCACCCCAACGCCAUCACCCCCGAACUAGCAAACCAGAUCCGAUACCUCCUCUACUGCGCGAUCCCGCAUCUGGAGGACGGGGGCGACGUGCCGCCCGGGGAUUACUGUAAGAUCCGCGCUGUCUUGGAUCGGUGCGCGGAGGUUGGGGAGGUGUGGGGGGGGCCCUGA